AUGCAAGGGUUCGCCCUGGGGAAGAAAGCACUCGCCGAGAAAGUGGAGAAGCUUGAGCUGGCUUCGAUUGCCAAUAAUGGCAAUAGUCAAGAGGGUAACUCCGACAAUGGUCCUGGUGGUUCUAGGGGUGGUGGCGAUCCCAGAAAGAAGGCAACUAAUGGUGGUGUAGUCAUCAACAAUGGGGGUGGUCUUGGUUUUGCUGCAGGCAGUGGCCCAAGUUAUGUUGGCAACACUCUGAAGGAAACUCAGUUUUCUCCGUUCUUUGGGGCUAUGACGGUGAAUGUAAUUUCUGAGGAUAAAAGUAAAAUCGGGGUGACAGGUGUGGAUCAGUUGAGGACCCCAUUGUCUGUGGUCAAGGGUCAUUUGUUAAAGAAUGGAGUUUUUCCUGGUUGUGAUAAUUAUUGUGCUGCUUGUACUGUAACUGCAAAUGGGUGUGUAAUGUUGAGGGAGACGGUUCAGAAAAUGAUGGAUGAGGGGAGUCUCCGAUUCGAGAAAGUUGCUUUGGAGAAUGAGGAUAUUUCAACGAUAACCAUUUAUUUCGAUCCUGUCCACUUGUCAGUGCCGACAGAUGUGGUUCCAAUUUCCAUCACGGUACCUGGACCUAUUCCGUAUGAAAGUGAUGGUGAUGUGCCUUGGGACUAUGGUGGUGAUGUGUAUUGCAAUGGGAAAAAGAAAGAAGACCAUGAUGCAGUUGAUACCACCGUUUCAAAGGUGGACAAUGCCGGGCUUAGUGGUUUCACUCGCAGCGGGAGGUUGUUUGCACCUAACACGUUGAGAGGUGGAGACGUAGAAAAAGAACAGAGAGAUAAGGCCGAGGCUUUAGCCAGGGCAAAAGGAAAGCAGGUGGUGAAUGAGGAUACUCCUAGAACGGUACAGGCGCCUGUUGAGCCGGAAAGUGAGUUUGAUGCUGAAGCCGAGGAGUUUUUGAGAAUUAUUAAGAAGUCUGAGUACAAACUUGUUGAUCAUUUGCAGCAGACUCUGUCCAAAAUUUCGAUCUUAUCUUUGCUGUUGAGUUCAGAAGGUCAUAGAGAUGCUUUGUUGAAGAUCUUGAAGAGGGCCUACGUCCCGCAGGAGAUUACAGUCAAUCAAUUAAAGACAGUGGUAUCGAGUGUUAAUGCCAGCCAUGGGUUGGGUUUCACUGAUCUCGAUCUUACUAUGGACGGGCGCAAUCACAAUAAGGCCUUGGCUAAAUUGGAUUGCGAGGGAUUGAUUUUGAGGCCUACUGAUCUGGUGGUUAGAGCAUUUGAUGGCUCUAAAAGGGUUGUGUUCAGGGAAGUUGAGCUCCCCGUAAAGAUUGGUCCUGAGGUGUUCAAAUCUGUGUUUUGUGUCAUGAACAUUCAGCUGGCGUACAGCUUUUGCGGUGAGGAGGAUAUUUUUGUCAUCCAGUUGUCAUCAUUUAAGUGUGUGGAAAUGGACGGUGAAAUAUUCGAAACACCAAGCCAGGCGUUUGAAACCGUCAAGGUGGAGAAUGUCGUUUUCACGGAAAGAGAGAAGAAGCCAUCCAUUGCUUCUUAUAAACAGGCUGUGGAGGUGGUGAAAAGUGGAGAGGCCCCAGGUUGGGGAAGAGUGAUAGAUGUUGCGGUGAAGAAGGAUAAGUUUGGGAUUGGUUAUCAGUCAGGCCAAGGCUUGUCUGGACCAAAUAAAGGUCGUCGCCAACCGUUCACAUUCACCAGUGCUGGAAUGCUAGAUCCAUGCCGUAUCUGUGCUGAAUCAUUGCUCGUGCACGCAGAGUCAUCCCUCUGCAUGUAG